AUGCGUCCGGGCGGCCUGCCGACACAGCAGCCCGGCACGCCGGGCCACGCGCGCCGCCGCCCAGAUCUCACCCUCCCCAUGCCCCAGCGCGAGUUCACCGUCUCCUUUGCCGUCCCGUUCCCUCUCCCGCCAGUCCCCGCCUCCGCCAGGUGUCCCACCCCGCCGGGCAUCCCCGUUCCCGCCGCCACCGCGGCGCAGCAGCAGCAACAGUCGCCCCUGCUCGCGGAGCUGGAGCGCGUGCGCCGCGUCGGUAGCGGCGCCGGCAGGACGGUGUGGAUGCACCCCGCCGUGGUGCGCUGCCACGGCAUGUACGAGCGCGGCGGGGAGCUGCAGAUCCUGCUCGAGUACAUGGAUGGCGGCUCCCUCGACGGCCGCCGCAUCGUCGCCGAGCCGUUCCUCGCCGACGUCGCGCGCCAGGUCCUGUCCGGGAUCGCCUACCUCCACCGCCGCCACAUCGUGCACCACGACAUCAAGCCCUCCAACCUCCUCAUCGACUCGGCGUGCCGCGUCAAGAUCGCCGACUUCGGCGUCGGGCGCAUCCUCAACCAGACCAUGGACCCCUCCAACUCCUCCGUCGGCACCAUCGCCUACAUGAGCCCCGAGCGGAUCAACACCGACCUCAACGACGGCAGCUACGCCGGCGACAUCUGGAGCUUUGGCCUCAGCAUUCUCGAGUUCUACCUGGAUUCACAACUCAGAGAUUCAAAACCACCAGAUUCACAUCAGAUUCAAAACUCAUAUUCUCAUAAUUCUAAACCACAGGAUUCACAUUUCACAAUCACAAGUCUCAAACUCACAACUCAGAACACAAGGACAAGGGACAAAAGACAAGAUUAUAUCAUUAUAUGA